AUGAAACACCGCAAGCCGGAUAUUGUGAUGUUCGAUAAGGACGAAGACCGAAUUUUGGUCUUUGAAGUGUCAGUGGCUUUCGCCACAGGUAUGGAUAAGCAGAGGGAAAUCAAAAUCAACCGCUACACGGUCAACUCGACCGAGCUACCAGAUGAAUUAAAUCCACCGUACCCACCGAGUACGAACUUGAUAGGCGACCUACAGGCCAUCUACAAGCAAGGAGUCGACUUUGUUCCGGUCAUUGUUGGCUCGUGCGGUGUCGUGAAUCAUGUGAUUCACGAUAAAGAUGACUUCCGUGAUUAA